AUGGCGGCGGCCGCUGCCGCGGCGGCCGUCGGAGGGCCGCAGCCGCCCCAGCCCGAGGUGUCAGCGCAGGGGCUGGCCCUAGACAAGGCGGCCACCGCGGCUCACCUGAAGGCCGCCCUCAGCCGCCCGGACAACCGUGCGGGCGCGGAGGAGCUGCAGGCGCUGCUGGAGCGGGUGCUGAACGCAGAGCGGCCGCUGGCCGGGGCUACGGGCGGCGAGGAGGCGGCCGGCGGCGGCGGGCCGGGCGCAGCCGAGGAGGACGCCCUGGAGUGGUGUAAGUGCCUUCUGGCCGGCGGCGGCGGCUUCGACGAGUUCUGCGCGGCCGUGCGGGCCUACGACCCUGCGGCCCUCUGCGGCCUGGUCUGGACUGCCAACUUCGUGGCCUACCGCUGCCGGACGUGCGGCAUCUCUCCCUGCAUGUCGCUGUGCGCCGAGUGCUUCCACCAGGGCGACCACACCGGGCACGACUUUAACAUGUUCCGCAGCCAGGCCGGGGGCGCCUGCGACUGCGGGGACAGCAACGUGAUGCGGGAGAGUGGGUUUUGCAAAAGACAUCAGAUUAAAUCAAGUUCAAAUAUUCCCUGUGUCCCCAAAGACUUAUUGAUGAUGUCUGAAUUCGUCCUUCCAAGAUUUAUUUUUUGUCUUAUUCAGUACUUAAGAGAAGGCUAUAAUGAACCAGCAGCUGAUGUACCAUCAGAAAAAGACCUUAACAAAAUCCUUCAGCUUUUGGAACCUCAAAUCUCCUUUUUAGAAGAUCUAACUAAAAUGGGAGGAGCAAUGAGGUCUGUUCUUACUCAGGUUUUAACAAACCAACAGAACUACAAAGAUCUGACUUCUGGUCUUGGAGAAAAUGCUUGUGCAAAGAAAAGUCAUGAAAAAUACCUUAUAGCUUUGAAGAGCUCUGGCCUCACAUAUCCUGAGGAUAAGCUUGUAUAUGGUAUGCAGGAACCAUCUGCUGGUACUAGCACUCUGGCAGUUCAAGGUUUUACAGGUGCUACAGGAGCAUUGGGACAGGUAGAUUCUUCAGAUGAGGAGGACCAGGAUGGAAGUCAAGGCUUGGGCAAGAGAAAGAGGGUAAAGCUGAGCAGUGGCACCAAAGAUCAAUCCAUAAUGGAUGUUUUGAAACAUAAAAGUUUUCUAGAAGAAUUAUUGUUUUGGACAAUCAAGUAUGAAUUUCCCCAGAAGAUGGUAACUUUCUUACUCAGUAUGCUUCCAGAUCAAGAGUAUAAGGUUGCUUUUACAAAAACUUUUGUUCAGCAUUAUGCUUUCAUUAUGAAAACACUGAAGAAAAGUCACGAAUCAGACACAAUGUCUAACAGAAUUGUGCAUAUUAGUGUUCAGUUGUUCAGCAAUGAGGAGCUAGCCAGACAGGUGACAGAAGAAUGUCAGCUCCUGGACAUCAUGGUCACUGUGCUGUUGUACAUGAUGGAAAGCUGCCUUAUUAAAAGUGAGCUGCAAGAUGAAGAAAAUAGUUUACAUGUGGUGGUGAACUGUGGAGAAGCCUUACUGAAGAAUAACACUUACUGGCCUCUUGUUAGUGAUUUUAUUAAUAUUCUUUCUCAUCAAAGUGUGGCUAAAAGGUUUUUGGAGGACCACGGUUUGUUAGUCACAUGGAUGAACUUUGUAUCUUUCUUUCAAGGCAUGAACUUGAACAAACGAGAACUGAAUGAACAUGUGGAAUUUGAGUCUCAGACCUACUAUGCUGCCUUUGCUGCUGAACUUGAGGCCUGUGCACAGCCAAUGUGGGGGCUCUUAUCACAUUGCAAAGUUAGGGAAACUCAAGAGUAUACGCGAAAUGUUGUAAGAUACUGCCUUGAAGCUCUUCAAGACUGGUUUGAUGCUAUUAACUUUGUAGAUGAGCCAGCUCCUAACCAAGUCACUUUUCACCUGCCACUGCAUCGUUACUAUGCUAUGUUUUUGAGUAAGGCUGUGAAAUGUCAAGAACUAGAUUUGGAUUCUGUUUUACCAGAUCAGGAAAUGUUAAUGAAACUAAUGAUUCACCCACUUCAAAUUCAGGCAAGUCUUGCUGAAAUUCACAGCAACAUGUGGGUAAGAAAUGGUCUGCAAAUCAAAGGACAAGCCAUGACCUAUGUCCAGUCUCAUUUCUGCAAUUCCAUGAUUGAUCCUGACAUUUAUCUAUUACAGGUUUGUGCUUCUAGACUUGACCCAGAUUAUUUUGUAUCAUCUGUCUUUGAAAGAUUUAAGGUGGUAGACUUAUUGACAAUGGCUUCUCAACAUCAGAAUACAGUACUUGAUGCAGAGCAUGAGAGAUCAAUGUUAGAAGGCGCACUUACGUUUCUUGUGAUUCUUUUGAGUCUUCGUUUACAUUUAGGAAUGUCUGAUGAUGAGAUUCUCAGAGCAGAGAUGGUAGCCCAGUUGUGUAUGAAUGACAGGACACACAGCUCUUUGCUGGACCUCAUUCCAGAAAAUCCCAACCCCAAAAGUGGCAUUAUCCCUGGAAGUUAUAGCUUUGAAUCAGUUUUAUCAGCUGUAGCGGAUUUUAAGGCUCCUGUUUUUGAACCUGGAGGUUCAAUGCAACAAGGCAUGUAUACUCCCAAAGCUGAAGUCUGGGAUCAGGAAUUUGACCCCGUCAUGGUCAUUCUUCGAACAGUUUACCGCAGAGAUGUGCAGUCUGCAAUGGACAGAUAUACAGCCUUUUUAAAGCAGAGUGGAAAGUUUCCUGGCAAUCCCUGGCCUCCAUAUAAGAAAAGGACAUCACUCCACCCUAGCUAUAAAGGUCUCAUGAGACUUUUGCAUUGUAAAACUUUACACAUUGUGUUAUUCACUCUGCUUUACAAGAUUCUGAUGGAUCAUCAAAAUCUGUCAGAACAUGUGCUCUGCAUGGUUUUAUAUCUGAUUGAAUUAGGACUUGAAAAUUCUGCUGAGGAUGAAUCUGAGGAAGAGGUAUCAGUGGGUGGACCAGAACGUUGUCAUGACAGCUGGUUCCCUGGCAGUAACUUAGUAUCCAACAUGCGACACUUUAUAAACUAUGUUAGGGUGAGAGUUCCAGAGACUGCUCCUGAAGUGAAGAGAGACUUACCUGCAAGCACUAGCUCUGACAGCCUGGGUUCUUUACAAAAUUCUGGUACAGCUCAAGUUUUCAGCUUAGUAGCAGAGCGUAGAAAGAAGUUUCAGGAGAUCAUCAAUCGCAGUAGCAGUGAAGCAAAUCAGGUGGUCCGCCCCAAAACGUCAAGUAAAUGGUCAGCUCCUGGUUCAGCUCCCCAGUUAACCACAGCCAUUUUGGAAAUUAAGGAAAGCAUAUUGUCUUUGCUAAUUAAACUCCACCACAAACUCUCAGGAAAACAAAACUCCUACUAUCCUCCUUGGCUUGAUGACAUAGAAGUUUUAAUCCAGCCAGAAGUCCCUAAAUACAACCAUGGGGAUGGUAUAACUGCAGUAGAAAGAAUUUUGCUAAAAGCUGCAGUGCAAAGCAGAAUGAACAAACGCAUCAUUGAAGAGAUAUGCAGGAAAGUGACUCCUCCUGUGCCACCCAAAAAAGUCACUGCCACAGAGAAGAAAACUCUAGACAAGGAGGAAAGGCGACAAAAGGCUAGAGAGAGGCAGCAGAAAUUGCUUGCAGAGUUUGCCUCACGACAGAAAAGCUUUAUGGAAACUGCAAUGGAUGUUGAUUCUCCUGAGAAUGAUGUUCCUAUGGAUAUUUCCACAGCAGAACCUCAAGUUUCUGAGGCUAUCUAUGACUGUGUUAUUUGUGGACAGAGUGGCCCUUCCUCUGAAGACCGACCUACAGGGUUAGUUGUACUGUUACAAGCAUCAUCAGUUUUAGGACAGUGCCGUGACAAUGCUGAGCCAAAAAAGUUGCCAAUCACUGAAGAGGAGCAGAUUUACCCUUGGGACACAUGUGCAGCAGUUCACGAUGUGAGGCUUUCAUUAUUACAACGUUAUUUUAAGGAUAGUUCUUGUCUUUUGGCAGUAUCAAUUGGCUGGGAAGGAGGUGUUUAUGUGCAAACUUGUGGCCAUACAUUGCAUAUAGAUUGUCAUAAAUCCUAUAUGGAAUCGUUACGGAAUGACCAGGUUCUUCAGGGCUUCUCAGUGGACAAAGGAGAAUUCACAUGCCCCCUCUGUAGACAGUUUGCUAACAGUGUUCUUCCUUGUUAUCCUGGAAGCAACAUGGAAAAUAACUUUUGGCAACGUCCUAGUAACAAAAGCGUACGAGAUCUCAUAAAGGAAGUGGAGGAACUGCAGGGACGGCCAGGAGCUUUCCCAGUAAGCAUCAGUUCAGAAACCAACUUAAGUAAAGAAAUGGAAUCUGUUAUGAAGGAUAUAAAAAAUACCACUCAGAAGAAAUACCGAGACUAUAGCAAGACCCCAGGCUCACCAGACAAUGAUUUUCUCUUUAUGUACUCUGUUGCAAGAACAAAUUUAGAACUUGAAUUGAUUCAUCGAGGAGGUAGUCUAUGCUCAGGUGGUGCAAGCGCAGCUGGCAGAAGAUCUUGUUUGAAUCAGCUGUUCCAUGUAUUAGCCUUGCACAUGAGGCUUUAUACGAUUGACUCUGAGUAUAAUCCCUGGAAAAAACUCACUGAGGUAGUAGAAGAGAUAAAUUCACAGCUGGGAAGUGAAGAGCAGCAGCCUGAAGUUCCAAUUCUUUAUCAUGAUGUGACAUCCCUUCUGCUGAUCCACAUCUUAAUGAUGCCACAACCCUUACGCAAAGAGCACUUCACCUGCAUUGUGAAAGUACUUUUCACCCUACUCUAUACACAGGCUCUUGCAGCACUUUCAGUUAAGUGCAGUGAAGAAGACAGGUCAGCCUGGAAGCACAUCGGAGCUCUUAAGAAGAAUAAAUCUGAUGCAGAAAAGUCUUACGAAGUAUUGCUGAGCUUUGUUAUAAGUGAACUAUCCAAAGGAAAGUUAUACUAUGAAGAAGGAGCUCAGGAGUGUGCAAUGGUUGGUCCUAUUGCUUGGUCUCCCGAGUCCAUGGAAAAGUACUUACAGGACUUCUGCUUACCUUUCCUCAGAAUCUCCAGCCUUCUUCAGCACCACCUUUUUGGGGAAGAUUUACCUAGUUGCCAGGAAGAAGAAGAAUUUUCAGUUCUUGCCAGCUGCCUGGGACUUCUGCCAACCUUUUACCAAACAGAUCAUCCAUUCAUCAGUGCCUCCUGUCUGGAUUGGCCGGUUCCAGCAUUUGACAUUAUAACUCAGUGGUGUUUUGAGAUAAAGUCAUUUACUGAGAGACAUGCAGAACAAGGAAAGGCCUUACUUAUCCAAGAGUCAAGAUGGAAAUUACCACACCUGUUACAGUUGCCUGAGAAUUAUAACACCAUAUUUCAGUACUACCAUAGAAAAACCUGUAGCGUGUGCACAAAGGUUCCCAAAGACCCAGCUGUCUGCCUUGUUUGUGGCACUUUUGUGUGCCUGAAAGGACUUUGCUGCAAGCAACAGAGUUACUGUGAAUGUGUAUUGGCGAGGCAAACCUCUCUACAUUUGUAAGGAGCGAUACAAAGUUCUUGAGCAACAGUGGAUUUCUCAUACUUUUGAUCACAUCAAUAAAAGAUGGGGCCCACAUUACAAUGGGCUGUGACACCUCAGCAAUGCAUUAUAUUAUCAUUUUCAUUAAGAAUUGGUUUAAUCAACAAUAAGCUUUAAUUUAAUUUGGGGAAAAUAAUACUUUUGCUGAGGGAUAAAAAGAAACAUACAUUAUGAAGCCUUUCCAAAAUUAGGUGCUUGUAACUACGUUAAUGAUAUAAUAAUUUUUUCAAGUAUCUGGACAACAAAUAAGUUAAAUCAUUCUUCAGUGGUCAUUUUUAAGUGCACAACUAAUAAAAAGCACAACUUGUCCACAAAAAUCAUUCAGAAAUGAUUUUUCCCUACAAUGCAUAUCAGCUAUUCACUGAUAGAGUAAAUGUGAUUUAUUUGAAAUUUUAUUGCUCUUUCUGUUUUAAUUUGCAUCUUCUUAAUAUAAUGCAUCUUUUUCUCUGUCAUUCUUGUAUUGAUUUGAGAUUUUUGCUGUAUGUAAUUAGAAAAAUGUAAAACAUGAUUUAUGUGAAAUAUUGUAUAGUAAAAGUUGGUCUAAUAGUAGAACUUUAAAUUUUUUCUUAUUGUGAGGAAUCUGUUAAAAGUUUAAGGCUUUGCUGAAAACUUAAUUCAUUCUCAGGAAUUUCAUAAGUAUUCUCCCCAGGUACAUAAUCAAAAUAGCUGUAAAAUAGAUAGCUGCUGUUUAUAUAGUGCAGUAUAUUGGGGGAGGGGCAAGGCAUCUGUGGAGUUGGGGAGGUCCUUAAAAACAAAAGUUUGUGAGCUGAAGAUGUAGCUCGGUGGUAGAGUGUUUAACAUUCACAAAACCCCGAGUUUGAUCUUUUGUGCCACAAAAUAAAUAAAUAAAAAUAAAAUUUGCCAUUUCAGUUGAAUGAGAGUUAGUGACAAGCAGAUUUUACAAUAAAAUCAAAAGAUUUAAGAGCAUACACAUGGCAGAUUUUUUUAUUCUGUGCAUGUCCACUUUUUAUUACCAAAUAAGUUUUUAUUUAUAUGGUUAGACUGAAAAAUGCUCAUUCAUCCCAAGAGAGGAAUCUUAAGUUUUGGAACUUUCCUAUCAACUGUAGACGUUCAUCUGUAUUGUAUUCAUGCAGUAUAAUCACUGCUGGUUCUGUGUGGUUUCAUGGAGGGGGUGUUGAGUGAUACUGACCCUCAUGAGGUAGUCAUGCUUCUGCUUCAUAGAAACUGCUAUGAAAACCUACUUAGGUAUGCAGGGUUUUAAAAUCAGAAUGGGAAUAAUUGAGCUAAAAAUCCACUCAGUAAGGAGGGGAGGGAGAUUACAGAAAAACAUGUUAUAUAUUGGUACCAAGAUUUUUUCCCAAGUGAUUCAGUAAUUUGAUGGUUAUUUAAAACAGUACUAUCAAGCAGUUCCUAGUACUUUGGAUUUCCAUGGCUUAUUACAUAAAAUUAUGUUUUUACUUAUAAAAGUAAACUCAGAAACAUCUAAUGAUGAAAUAUAAAAAUAACAUUAGAUCCAUGUUCUAAAAGUUUUUUAAUUUCAUGGCAUUAUAGACUAUGAAAUGAAAAUUAAAUGAUGGCCUUGCAUUAAAAUAAGAAAACUGAGUAAUACAUACUCAGAUGUAUUGAAAACAUUAGAAAAUUACCUGUAGCUCUAGAAGAAAACACAUGGAAAUAGCCUGCUAUUUUUAUAUACAUUUCCAAAAUAUUAUAACUUUCCGUAAGACUAGAAUGAUUCUCUCCAAUGAAAUCACUGUUAUUUCUAACACGUUGCUACUUUUAAAAUACUGUAUCAUAAGUUCAGCCUGUUACAUAUUUUGCAUUGGUCGUUAUGAAUAUCAGACCAUUUGUAAGUGUGGUUGAAGAGCAAAAUGCUAAUUUACAUCUCUAGUAAAUACUGUUACAGGAUUCAUGAACUUGACUAAUUCUGCAGUUUGAAACUCUGAUGCUAUAUAUACAUGGUAAAAUGUAUUCAGACUUUGAUCACUACAUAUUUAAAAUGGAAUGUUUAUGAUUGUGCAUAUGGAUGUGAAGUGAAAAUAUUAGCCUUAACUUUAAAAUUUGGGUAUUUGAUAGUGUUUAUUUUGAUAUUGGUGAAUUAGUCACCGGUAAAUUUUAAAAAAGCACUUGGUUGAAAAUUGUACUUGAAUACAUAUGUGCAUGCUGCUAAACUAGAACUUUAAUUUUUUUCCCCUAACUUUUAUAAGUCCCAUUUAUAAAUCCACUUUUAAAAAUAACAGGUCCAAGUUAGAGUGAUGUGUGUAUAUUAUUCAAAAAAUGUACUGGUGUGAUAAUCUUGUAUGAAUGAUCAUUUAAAUACAGUACAUUACUGUAGAAGCUAAAUCAACCUUUAUAAUUAAGCAGAAAUUUAAAAAACUAGGAAUAAUUGACAUUGUAAGAUAUGUUAAUAAAAACCUACUGUCAUUUG